CUGCUGUCUGACCUCACCACACACAUCGACCUUAUGUUCAGAAGAAUUCGAAAAUAGAAGUGCCUUCCCGCGUGUCUCCGUUAGCACAAACAUCUACGUUUAAGUCAAGCCGAUCUGAAUUAGGAAUAGAAUACAAGACGAGUUGAAAUCCUGCUGAAAUUUGCACUCAAGUGAAAUACAUCGACUCUGCUAAUAGGAGUGCUAUUUGUCGUAAAAGAUGACGGAGUACAAGCUGGUGGUAGUGGGAGCUGGUGGCGUUGGCAAGAGUGCGCUCACCAUCCAGCUCAUCCAGAACCACUUUGUGGACGAAUACGACCCCACCAUAGAGGACUCCUACAGGAAACAGGUGGUGAUUGACGGGGAGACGUGUCUGCUGGACAUCUUGGACACUGCAGGUCAGGAGGAGUACAGCGCCAUGAGGGACCAGUACAUGAGGACAGGGGAGGGCUUCCUCUGUGUCUUUGCCAUCAACAACACCAAGUCCUUCGAAGACAUUCACCAGUACAGGGAACAGAUCAAACGGGUGAAGGACUCGGACGAUGUGCCCAUGGUGCUUGUGGGUAAUAAGUGUGACCUGCCCGCUCGGACAGUCGACACGCGGCAGGCACAGGAGCUCGCCCGCAGCUACGGCAUCCCCUACAUUGAGACGUCGGCCAAGACCCGUCAGGGAGUGGAGGACGCCUUCUACACACUGGUGCGUGAGAUUCGACAGCACAAAUUAAGAAAGCUGAACCCGCCGGACGAGAGUGGACAAGACUGCCUGAGCUGCCGCUGCGUGGUGUCUUGAUGAAGAUAACCCACCUGGGGGUGAGGAGUGGACCUAAAUAUACAGCUCUGUGCCCAUAGAAAGGACUGGAAGAUGGACCACAAGGAUGUAUGGAUAUGGAAUCAACAACUGCAAAAAAAAACAAAAAAACGAGAGACUUGUUAUGAAGAGCAAGCACGGCAAAAAGCUGACUGUCACAUCAAGACUAUGGGAGGGAGGCAGAGGCGACCAUCCACCCCAGACGCUGCCUAUAUCUCUCCACCACCUCUCCAACCUCCCUCCUGGGUCCACACCUACCACACAAACACCACUAAUAACUUUCUUUUUUAUUAUUUUACUCCAGUAUACUAAUGCUGGGCAGCUCCAAGGAUUUCAACCUAAGUUAUUACUGUUUAAAAAAAAAAACAAAAAAAAAACACUGGUCUCAACACUGGUCUUAAAUGGACUGGGGGCUUGCUUUUGACUCCUUGUUCUGCGUUGCAAAAUGCGAACUCUGCGCCUUUUUGGCGGCGACUGGACUGCAGUGACCUCACCCCGGGAACCUCACCCCCUCUGGCACGCUUCAGGAAAGGAUCUUGUUGAACACACCCAAACCUCGACAGGGCCCCAGACAGCGGAAGACUGAGCCUGACGGUCGAACAAGGGUCAUGACCUCUUGACUGUCUUAGCCAUAAUGGACUUUUUCCGUGUUUAACUUUAAACAGUUAACAAGGUAAUAUUUCUGGUGUUAGGUUUUAUGUUUUGAUCAAAAUGAUCAUGAUACCCCUGUGAGGUUGGUUGUGUGUUUGUGUGUGUGUGUGUGAGUGUGUGUAUGUUGUAAGUGAUCAAGUAUGCGUUUGAAUGUUUUUUUGGAGGUCUUUUUAUUGGGACAAAACAUCUGACUAUCCCAAUCUCCCAGAGUCUACUGGGGCAUUCUCACUGACUUUGGUUGAAGUGCUCAUUUAAAAGUGACCGUACUCACCUUCAGAUAUACUCACACCCUUGAAAAAAUAGCAGAUUUCACUACUAAAUGGAAUAUUUGCCUUUAACCUUGUUUUGUUGAGACACGGGGAAACUUACAAAAGUAUAUAAAACAUUGAAAAACUGCACAGAGCAACGUCCAUGCUAUGAAAGCAGGACUUCAGAACAGAGAAUGGCUAGUGAUUCAUUAGCUGACUUGAAGCAUUUUGACUAAGUCUUCAUCAUCAUUGCAAUCGUGUGUCUCCAGGGUGUCUCCUGGAAAAACACAUUACCAUGUCAAAAGUACUGUCUGCAGUAUAAUGUUUUGCAGAGAUGCAGUAACAAAUUAAUUCAGAAUCUUAAUCAAAAUAGAUGAGAGCAUGUCUCAGCAAUACUAUUGCAGUAAUUCUGAACAUUACUGUGACGCUGAAAAAAAAUACCACAUCCAGCACCCACCGAAGGAAGUGCUCUUCUGUGGUUUAGUUUGUAGUAUAGUGCAGCAUGGCAAGUUACUCAAGACUUCAGGUUAAUGGCACCACACGUUCAUGGUCAUCUUCAGGUUAACAAAUACUUUGCAUGGCCAUGGAUGAUUUGGUUGCUUUGGUGUCUAGUCUAGGAAAAGCAGAGGGUGAUGGGUGUGGUAAAAACGUACUGCUAGACUCUUAAGAAAUGACACGAGAACUCUACCGCACACCGAGAUCUCCCAAAAGGAGGUCGAGAUCCAUUAGGGUGUUUUAGCAUACCUCAUAUUCAUCAGUGCCCCCAAAAGAUCUCGUUCCAGAGUCGCCAGUAUGUCACUGUAACUGGAAUGUACGUAGAGCUUUUGCUGUGUUCGACUGGGGUUAAGUCACUGUUUUGGAACUUAAGAACCUUGUGAGAUCAUGGUAUGAAUAGACAACUCUUGUGCCUCUCCAACCUCUAUCCGUUUGAAGCCUUAUUGCAGGCCUUAGUAGUGAGCGUUUUGUUUUUCCUUUUCCAAAUGUUCACAGCAGAGCCUUAUAGAUCUCUCUCUCUACUGGGGUGGCAUGCUGUUGCUCUGUGCAGUCUCAUUAACUGAGAAUUUAUGUUUUUAGCACAAGGAUCAAACUAGGUGUCGGUCAAAAA